CGUUGAUCUCAACACCUUCCAAUUCGAAUCAUGGACCCAUCUCGAGAGUCUACGAAGAGGCCUCGCCGGCCCAUUUGCCGCUUUCUCAUAUGCGGUGCCCCUGCAGCGUACGAGUGGCAGUGCCAUAAUUCGAUCGAUCGAGCCCAAGAGCUACAAGGACAAUAUUUCAGCUGCUAAGCGGCUCAAGUUGUCACUCGCCUGCGACGCCGAAGAAGCAGUCGGUAGAGCCCCUCAGAGAGAUGAAGAGGGCAGGUUGAUCUAGGAAGCUUCGUACUCGGGACAUGGUGCCUCCUCGGGACCGAAACCCCUCUGCAAGACUUGUACGGUAGACCAGCCCAUUACAUGGAGUCAAUGGUCGCCAGGGCCUACCGGGACUCUCAUCGGAAACACAAGCUGGAAAAUGUGCAGAACAACGUGAAUGAGGCGUCCGAGACGGAAGACGAACAAGAUUCCAUGAUGGCCCGAGCCUCAUUCAAAUCACCAGGCAGGAUCAUCCGCAAAUUUAUCCAUCACCUCGAGCCCUCCCGAGGGAACCAGCUCGAGCUUGGUAAAGAUGGUCAGAAGCACAUUCCCAUGCCAUUUGACAAUAAUCCAAGUCUUUCAGCACAGCAGAUCGAGACGCUCAAGCACCCCGCCCUUCGUUUCGAGCUUGACGCUUCUCUCCCUCCGGUGGCGCUGGAGCAUCCUGUUAGAAUCUGGAAUGUGGUCUACCAUUCGAUUCCACCCGAGGACCGACCUGCGAUGAUGUGGAAGAUGGAUCAAGUAGAUGAUCCAGAGGAUGAAGGUAAGCGAGGGCAUGAGACAUGCUAACGAAGCACAGGCGCCAUAUACAUCGCGAAAGUCAAGUAUAAAUUUCGAGACUCGGAAAUGGCGAAAUGUGCCACGUCUGGUAUCGUCGAGACUGCAUUCUCUUGCAGAGGGAGUCCUAAAGAGCGCAAGAUAGACGCCAUGAACGAUGCAC